UGUUUGUCUACCAUCAGUUUAGUCAUUAUAAUUAUGGUGUCAAUUUUCCAUUUUGUGCUUUAUGCCAAUACUCGUGUCCAAUCCCUGUCCAACCUAAGACCUAGCAGUAUCAAAUAUCAUUCCAUUUAUAUGCAUGAUAUAUACUAAACUGCUCAUAAGUUAAUAACUUUCACCUUCAAGCUAAGUCAAGAAAGUGAACAUAAACAGCUCAGAGUAGAAAAGAGAGAAAAACAAAUGGAAGCUAUGAAAAUUGCUGAAGUAGUGCAGACAAGUGAGCCAGUAAAGGACACAUACAAAAUAGCAUACAUUCUACAUUUCUUCCUAGGAGCCGGCAAUCUUCUUCCAUGGAACACGUUCAUCACAGCCAUUGAUUACUUCGCGUAUCUAUACCCAACAAAGCAUGUCGAAAGAGUCUUCUCAGUGGCUUACAUGACUUCCUCACUAAUUGUCUUGUUACUGAUGAUAAAGGGCCAAGGAAGCACCAUGAGAAGCAAAGUUAGCUUUAGACUAAAAAUGAAUUUUGGCUUCUCCAUGUUUGUUCUGUCUUUAAUGGUAACUCCAACAAUCGAUUGGGCUAAAGGGUCGUCAUCCUGGAAGUCUGAUGGGAGCUUCCUCGCAACUGUGGCAUCUGUGGUGGUGUGUGGUUUAGCUGAUGGAUUGAUUGGAGGAAGCUUGAUAGGUUCUGCAGGAAAGUUGCCCAAGGAGUAUAUGCAGGCAGUUUUUGCUGGAACUGCUUCCUCAGGGGUCCUAGUUUCUGUUUUGAGGGUCAUAACAAAGGCAUCGCUCCCUGAGAAUCCAAGAGGUUUACAAACAAGUGCGCAUUUCUACUUCAUCGUGAGCGCCAUCAUCGUAGUGGUCUGCACAAUCUGCAGCAACCUGCUGUUCAGACUCCCAGUAAUGCAACAGCAUUGCAACAAGCAACUAUCUCAACAACACAAUCACGAUCCUACAACUUAUAGGCCUAAACUUUCUGACAUUGCCAAGAAAAUCCUACAUCCCGCAAUAGGAAUCCUAUCAAUUUAUGUUGUUACUCUAUCAAUUUUCCCUGGAUUCAUUUCAGAUGAUAAUCAUAAAUCUGAGCUGCUUAAAGACUGGUACCCAAUUUUGGUUAUCAUGGUCUACAAUUUUUCAGACUUAGCCGGAAAAACCCUUACUGCUUUGUUGAUUCCAAGCAACAUAACUAGAGUGACAUGGGCAUGCUUGGCAAGAGUCGUGUUUUACCCUGCUUUCAGAGCAAAUCUUCAUGGACCUAGGUGGCUUAAGAGUGAAGUUUUUACAGUGUUGCUGACAUUUUUGCUUGGUAUAAGUAAUGGCUAUCUAACAAGUACCCUUAUGAUUCUAACUCCGAAAUCUGUGAGCUCGUUGGAGGCAGAAACUGCUGCUGUUGUCAUGGCCAUGGCUCUUGGUGUUGGCUUGGUUGUAGGUUCAAUUCUAGGUUGGCUCUGGAUCAUAUGAUAGAUGAUCUAUUGUUGUAUUGGCCCUAGAUCAUAUUAUAAUCUAUAAUAUGUAUCAGGUUUUUCGUACCAAAUUAUGCAUGUCUUGUCUUACAUUGUAGUAGAAAUGAAGUUUUAUCAGCUUGUUACAUUAUCUUUAUUCUCAUUGUAGUAUAAUUCAUCAAUUAGUAAGAUUUAC